CCAUCUUCCCGACUACCCCAAUAAGCUUGAGGCCCGGCCAUCUCUCUCACGUUAAAGAGCCAGGAAUAUGUCGACCAGGCCAGUCAAGUCCUGCACCGAGUGCAAACAAGCCAAGCUGCGAUGCGACUCCAAAGACAGGUUCCCAAGUUCCUGCUCCCGGUGCCAUGCCCGACAGCUGCUGUGCACCGUGGACACUACAUUCAAGAGAACGCCAGCCAGACGACGACUGCAAGCAAUGAGCCAAGAGCUUCAGACUCUGCGCCGUCAGCACCAGAGCCAUGACGCCGCCGACCUGGCAUCUCAACCUAGAUCAAUCGCAGCCAAGACAGACGAGGCGGACUCGUGGGAUGCCAGCCCAGAUAGCCUCGUCCUGGAUCCAGGAAUGCUCGUUCUCGACGGCGGUGCCCAGCUUCCGGCCACCAUAGCCAUAGAAGCAUUCACGGCCUUCGUGAGCGUGUUCAGACCCCAGAUGCCCAUCCCGGGCUCCAUAUCUAUGCGCUCAAUGCACCGCUCGCAGCCGCUGCUCUUCUGGACCAUCGUCCUGGUCGUCGCCACCCACUCUCCGAGCCCGGCGUUCGACGGCGUGCUCGAGCUGCUCCGGCGGCCCUACGAAGCCAUGCUGCAGCGCCAAGUCCUCCAGUCACCGUUGCCGCUGCAUGGAAUCCAGGCCCUCCUGCUGCUCUGCCAGUGGCCCCUCCCGUGCGACAAGCAGUCCCAGGACCCCAGCUGGCUGUACUGCGGCCUCGCCGUCCACGGCGGCCGCUUCAUGGGCCUCGACCGCCACCACCAAGAGCAGCAGGCGGCGGAGCCGCCACUCGCGAGCCUUGGCGUUUCUGCCGCCCAUGCGCCUCGCGCCGUCCGCGUCAACACCUGGCUCGCCUGCUUUGCCGUCUCCGCAUCACUCGCCAUGCACUUGGGCCUGCCGCCACCUAUCGACUCUGCUCUAGACCUUGCCGUUAUCCAUGCCGCCCUGCCAUACGCCCCUGCGACCUUUGUCAGCCAUGUUAAGAUCCAGAUGGCGGCGGUCAAGUUUCUGACACUGCUCAACCACGACAUUGACAGCCCCGGCUUGUCGUCAAUACUCGGCCACGCGGACUCUGAGCUCGAGGCGACCAAGAGGGAGGCGCAAUCUCCCGCGAUGGAAGCCGUCGAUGCUGGUCUGGGGAGACUCCUCGAGUUGAACGUCCUGAGCGUCAAGAUACACCUCUACGCCCUUGUACUCGCGAAACAUCAUCAAAACCUUACAGGCAGUUCUGCAUACUCCAUGAUCCACGCAGUCCCGAGCAGGGCACUCGAUGUCGCGAUUCGGUUCAUCGACCUCUCGACCUGGGAUCUGCGCAACAUGGGCUGCCCCGGGGACAGGCUGCCGGCUCAAGAGCAUCACCUGCCGGACGCUGCUGCUCUGCGUGUCAAGCUGAAACGGCAGUGCCUGCCCAAGAACCAUUUCCGGUGUCUCGCGCUGGCAACGGCAAUCCUACUCAGAUUCUUUCGCAAGCAGCAACAAUCUUCAGACGGCAACAAGACAAAUGAGCUCGGUGGCGACCUCGGGGUUUCGGUGGCGAACCGCAUCGCCAUGUCGCAGCGGUUCGUCAAGGCGUGCGCCGGACACGACUUGGACGAGUUUGGUCGGAUGGCGACUGUCUUCGAGGCCCUAGCUACGCAGCAGCAACAGCAGCAGCAGCAGCAGCAGCAGACGGAAGGACAGGCAUCCACAGGCGCCUCCAACUCGGAUGCGAUGACGAGCCCUCGGCUCCAAGUCACCCAGCGGAUGGGGGUCUCGAUCCUACUAGACUCGAUAACCACAUCACACCAGGUCCGUGGCAAGGCCGUCCACGUCCAGGACGAGGUGGCUUCUCUCGGCGAGACGGGACAGACCUUUAGCCAGGACACUGUCACGGCGCCGGCCCCCGACGACGGUUGGGGCCAGAUGGUAGACUUUGACCCGAUGUGGGGACUACCAAACGGCCCAUUCUCGAGCAUACUGGACAUGGACCCGGCCUGGUUUGACAUGGAAGACCUAAGAAACAGCCAGUACUUGUGAUUGAGGGCUUUCAUAACUCGAUCGAUCGGCUACAACCGCCUGGAAACAUUAAAUACUAUCUGUGACUCGAUAGAGACCGAACCCCAGAUCACUUGACCAACACCGUUCCAAACCAGGCUACCCACCCAUCACUGUGACCCGACAGCCCCGACAGCCACCGUCGGUAUCUCAAUAUCCGCAAGCCCGAGGUGCUCUUGGGACCCGUGGACAUCGUCCUCCAUGAACCCGCCCGCCGCCGCGACGCUCUUUCCCCCGCCCGGGCGGCAGCGGCGCCGCGGGACGGUCACCUUGAAGGCCGCGGCGGCGUCCCAGAAGCCCAUCCAGACGACAUCGGUCUCGGCCACGCCCAGCGCCCCCGCGAUCCUCUGCCUAGAGAGCACCCCGGAGUCCCGGACGCGGACGUAGUCGUCGCGGGAGGCGAAGAUGGCGUCGAGCGUGAUCUCGUAGGGCCCGGCGUUUUUGGACCGCAGGACCUGGCAUAGGUCAAAGAGCGUCGUCUGUCGUGGCGACGACGACGGCGGCGGCGGCGGCGGGCAAGUUGAAGCAGCAGCCUGGGUAGCGUUGUUGGAAGAGGGACCGUCUCCGGAGCAGCCGCCGGACUGCGCGCUGCCGCCUCCGACGUCACGGCUGUGUGCUGCCACGCCGCGCGCGCCGGAAUACGUCACUGCCUUUCGCGAGGGCUUCGGCGGGCCUGGGCCGAAAAUGGCAACCUCUCCGCGGAAAAGAGGUGACUUUCCCUUUCCAUCACCUUUCUCGUCCGCCAACGCGUGGCCACCGCCGCCGGCCAUGGCUAGACGCUCUUCCCCAGGCUCCAGGUCCAUGAGGUGGUAGAGCGAGAACUCGGCACAGGGACCCGCCUCGAUCUCCAUGAGGCCGCCGAUGCCAAAGCCUAGGUUCCCCGACGUCGCCUUUUGUCCCGGAUACGGAGCAUGCUGUUAUUGCACGCUCAUUGGGAUGAUUAGUACUCUGUACCAGUCUCGCAGAUCAAGGCCUUGUGCUCACGAUCAUGGCGAUCCUCGCUUUCGAGACGAUGCUGUUGGCCAGCUCCUGGGUCGGCGCCAGCGCCUCUGCAAUGAUGAAGACGGCACCGCGACUGCGGCUGCCAGUCAUGAGCCCGCGGGUAGCAAUGGUGGCGGCGGCGGCGGCAGCAGCAGCUUCACGCCCAUAAGAGUGAAAGCCGAGCUCCCAGGCGUCUUCAUUGAGGUCGGAAUGCUGCGCGGCGACGUACGCUUUGACACGCGCCAGCACAUCGUCCAAGAUGGAUAUCAAAACGCCUGCGAUGGGCGGAAGUGUGUGGGGGUCGCCAUCAGCUUAGCACACCGAAACGGCCAGUAAAAGCGAGUAGACAACCUUGUCGAGAGAAAAACUCACGAUCCUUGACGCUACCCAUAGCGAUAGCGCGGUAUCCCACCACCCGCGCGGCCUCGAGCUUGACAGCGUAGCAGGGCCGCCCAGUACUAUUACUGCCACCAUCGCGGGACCGGACGAAGACGGCUCCGUCCACCCUCACCGCCCUCGCGCGCUCGCCUCCGUCUUCGCCAAGCCCCGACAACUGCCUGUACUUGGCCGCCCCCAGGCGGAGCUCGCCCCCGGGCCCGCGCAGGAUGUCGGGGCGCGUGUUCUCGUACAGCGCGUGGGCGGCCACCGAGGCUGGGGUGCAGCGGGACCCGGGCGCCACGGGCAUGACAUCGAAGACGCCGUCGGGGUAGACGGUGGCCGUGGCGCCGGGACACUUGGGGGUGGCGCAGAGGCCGCCGCACUCCAUUAUCUUGCCCAUGUGCAGGAAGCCGCCCAUCACACGAGGGUCUAUCUCGCCGUCGUCGCCGCUUCUCUUCUGGAGGAGCCGCAGCUGGUGGAUGCACCAGGCGGCGUAGGGGGCAGGGUCGUACGCCCUGCCGCCGACGAUGACGUCAAAGUCGGGAUGUGCGCCCAUGGCGUCGACAAAGGGCUCCGGCCCCAUCUGGGCGACGAUGCGCGGGCUGGCGUUGAUGUCAUCCGCUGUCGCGGGGGGCACGCAGGGCCCACACCCAACGAGGAGGCCUUGGUCGAGACGGCCCAAGACUGUCCUCUUGUCGAUGCCGGCGAACAGCGAGAUGGUCUUGAAGCGGUAGUUUCUAGGGAAGACCUUUCAGACACAUCGCAAUCAAAUCACACUACCUGCGCAAAAGAUGGGCGCUGAAACUCACUCGUUGCCGGCCUCGGAGCAGAUCUCCCUGAUGAUCUCGCCCAUCUCCCGCACGUGCUCGUCCGAGCCGUCGCCGCCGGCGGAAGCAAACAACAAGGGCACGUGGAACUCGUGGCACAGGCGGAGCAACCUCGAUAGCUCCCGGACGUAGGCGGCGCGGGGCGACGUCAUGGAGCCCAUGGCCAGCUUCUGAGGCCCGCUGUCGGUCGAGCCCGAGUCCAGGAUGAGGGCGGUCGGCACGCCGGUCAAUGUCAGGCGCGCGAGCUCCUGCCGGGUCAGGUCCUCGUCGAAGCCAUAGCCCAUCAUGCCUACGGGCGUGUGGAUGUGGCAGAGCGGCUGCUGCUGUAAGGGGAUAGCAACGUGAGCAGUCAUUGUUACUCGCGAGUGGCUUGAAGGCUCCAUGGGGGAACAAGAGCGACGGACGGAUAGCGAUAGAUGAUAGUACAAGAAAACGACGAG